UCACUGUUUGACACAUGAUAGUUAUGACAUCAGUCAGUGAAACUUAAAUUCAAUUCUAACCUCACAAUUUUAAGUGCAGGUCUAAAUAAAAAACAAUUUUAAUUUAGUAAAUCAAAGUGUUUUUAUUUAUAUUCAGACAGAGAAUUCUGAUUUAUAUAAGCACGCUCGAUAUUUUCUAUUGAUCACUCAUAAUUUCUUCAUAGUAGGUAUUUUGAUGAGCGCACAAUAUUUUUACUUGGAGAUCUCGUGAGUAACAAAAGUGCAACAUUGCGUAAUAUAUAAUCCGAACUGAGGGAACAUUAGAAAUGAGGGAUGUUAUAUCGGCGUUCAGGUGCGGUGAAGAGCUGAGCCGGUUAUCGGUGCGCAGCGGCGUCGAGGAAGCUGUCAAGAGUGUGUUCGGCGAGUGUGGCGCCGCCAGCCUGCGCGUGGACGUGCUGAGCGCCGCCGCCGGGGUCGCGCUGCUCCGCGUGCCCGCCGCCCAGCUACGCCGCGUGCGCGCCGCGCUGCUGCUGCACGCGCGUCCGCGCUUCUCGUCCGUCUGUGCCGCGCCCGCGCUCCUCGCGCUGCUCUGACCACUCAAGUCACGGCAUUGUUUUCUUGAAUACCAAUACUAGUAUACCACUGGCAAUGGCGACUCGGUCGGUGCUGUCCUCCGGGCUGGACGGUAAGGAUGUGGUGAUCGUGGCGACGCGUGAGGAACUGGCGACGCCCAGCAAGGUGAGCCUGCCGGAGCCGGAGCCCGCGCCGGGUCUCAUUCUGCCAGACGGCUCCAUCAACUGGGGCUGCCCCUGCCUGGGCGGCAUGGCCACUGGGCCCUGCGGCACACAGUUCAGGGAAGCAUUCUCCUGCUUCCACUACAGUGACGCGGAUCCCAAGGGCAGCGACUGCUACGAGAAAUUUAGCGUGAUGCAGGAGUGCAUGUCGCACUACCCCGAGCUGUACGGCAAAGACGAGGACGACGAGCUCGCCGCCGCCAUCGACUCCGCCGCCGACGCCGACAAGCCCGAGCCCGCCGCCGAGCGAGCCGCCCCCGCCGCCGCCGCGCCCGCCGGGGACGCGCGCUAGCCGCCUCCUGGCUUUGUUCUACUGCAAACGGACACACGAUUAGUGAAUGUGUUUGUCGCUUAUUUAGUUGGUGUGGUAGUCUGGUCAAAAUAGUCAUAACAAAAAUUCCUGGAAAGCCAAAUUUUGGUAGAGAGCUUGAGUUUACCAUUAUAAAUAAAAUAUUUAAAAAAUA